AUGUGCAAAAAUAUAAAAUUUUUAAUAUUGUGCAUGACAAUUGCUGCUGCAUCAGCCAACAUCCAUCAAUACGACUCACAAAGUCCACCUGAAAGUGUCGUCAAUCUAACCCGAUGCAAUGAAUUGAAUCUUCACCGCUGGGAGCUUCAUAAGUGCUGCAAAUAUCCACACAUUAAUCUUCAUCGUGUCCUUAUUGACACUUGCUUGGAUGAAUGCAUUGGAUCUAAUGAUGAAUGCUGUCCAAUGGGCUGCUUAUGGCGUAUCACUAAAAUUGUCUAUGACUCAGCAAAUGUCAACUUGAAUGGACUUAAAAGAACCUUGAAAAGCUCAGUCUUUGAUAGUGAAUGGGAUGACUUGAUUGAAACUUCUGUUGAUGAAUGUGCAUUGGAAGUCAGACCAGCUGGACUUGAAGGUCCAUGUCAAUUUCCAGCACAUUUACCAAAGCUUUUAGGUUGCACAAUCAAGAAAUUGUUCUUACAGUGUCCACAAAUGCAUCCAUUGCCAGUCUGUGAAACAACCAAGAUGUACGUCCAAGAAUGCAUGUAA